AUGGAGUACAAUAAUUAUAAUAGUAAACAUAAGAAUCAUAAUCAUAUUUUUAAUUACAACUAUGAAGAUACGUCAUUACAAAAAAAUAAAAAUAUCCAUCAAACAAGUGAAAUAAUAAAAAAUGAUACAUUAUAUAAUAAUUUGGAUAGUUUAAAAAAUAAUCAACCUAUAGAAGAAAAAAUAAAAAAUUUUAAUUAUAAUGAAACCAACAUUUAUGAAGAAAAUAAAAAUUUUAAAGAUAAUAUUGUUAACUCAAAAAAUGCAGAAAAUUUUAUAUUGAAAACUAACGAACAAAAUAAUAAUAUCAUUAAUGUUAAUCAAAAACAAAGUUUAGGUCAUAUAAAGGAAUCAUUUAAAAUGUAUACAAAAAAAAAUGAUACGAAUGAAAAGGAUGAACAAGAUGAAAAGGAUGAACAGGAUGAAAAGGAUGAAAAGAAUGAAAAAAAUGAUACGAAUGAAAAAAAUGAUACGCGUGAAAAAAAUGAUACGCGUGAAAAAAAUGAUACGAAUGAAAAAAAUCAAAAAAAUGAUACGAAUGAACAAUUUAUUAUCCCUAAAAAAACUAAUGAACUAUCUAAUGAUUCCAUAAAUAUUAAUAUAUCCAAUAAUCAGAAUCAAAAACUAUCAAAUGAUUUCGUAGAAGAUGUUAAAAUAAUUUUACCUCAUUCUAAUAAAAGUUUAGACAACUCUAUAACUUCUAUUAAAAAUAUAGACGAUGCUUCCAAUAUUAUGAAACAAGAGUUACAAUAUAGUGAUUAUGAAAAUAUGCACACAAAUAAAAGUAUUGAAAAUAAAAAAGAAAAUUUUAUAUGUGACACUACAUCUAAUACAAAUAUAACAAAGAAUUCUAUAGACAUACCUAAUCUAAUGGAUAGAAAAAAAAGUGAAUAUGAUCAGGAGGUGGAUAAUAUAAGUAAAAAAAAAAAAAGUUACAUUAAUCAUAAUACGCAAAAGGAAAAUACAAAGGAAGAUGUUUCUAACAAUAUGGAUUAUAUAGACAAGCGUAAGAGCGACUCUGAUGACAUAGAAAAUGAGAAUAAAAUAGAAAGCUCUACAAAUAUUUUAGCUUUGUUAGAUAAAAGAGAAACUGUUAUUAAAAUAUAUGAUAUUAACAAAGCUAAUAAACAUACUAAUGGUAUUAAAUGUGAGGAUAAAAUGAAAAGUACUUCUAUUCAUAUGGAAGAUAUAAACAAUAAUAAAAAUUAUAUUAAUAAUAAAGAAUAUAAUAGUAAAGGGGAAAACAGUCACAAUAUUUUAGGUGAUGAUAAAAGAGAAAGUACUUUUAAAAUAUAUGAUAUACAAAAAAGUGAGUAUCAUUCGAAUGAUUUACAAUAUGAGAAUAAAAGGGAAAAAAAUUCUAUCAAUAUAGAUAACAUGAAUAAAAGUGAUGUAGACAUUAAUUAUAUAAAUAUGGAGGAUAAAAAGGAAAGAACGUCUAUCAAUAUAGACAACAUGCACAAAAAUGAUGUAGACAUUAAUUAUAUAAAUGUUGAGAAAACAAAGGAAAGGACAUCUAUCAAUAUAGACAACAUGCACAAAAAUGAUGUUGAUAUUAAGAAUUAUAUAAAUAUGGAGGAUACAAAAGAAAGAACUUCUAUUCAUCUAGACAAUAUGAAUACAAAUGAUGUUGAUAUUAAGAAUUAUAUAAAUGUUGAGAAAACAAAGGAAAGAACUUCUGUCAAUAUAGACAACAUGAAUAAAAGUGAUAUUGAUACUAAUUAUAUAAAUAUGGAAGAUACAAAAGAAAGAACUUCUGUCAAUAUAGACAACAUGAACAAAAAUGAUAUUGAUACUAAUUAUAUAAAUAUUGAAAAAACAAAGGAAAGAUAUUCCCAUAUUUUAAACACUAAUAAAAGAGAAAGUAUUAUUAAAAUUAAUGAUAUCAAAAAAGCUAAGAGCGAUUCUAAUGAUAUAAAAAACAAUGAUAAUAUAAAAGAGAUGUAUUCUAACAUUUUUGAGAUUAAUGAGAUCGAAAGAAAAUCUAAUAAAAUAGAAAAUAUAGAAAAAAUUAAGAUUCUUACUAAUAAUAUUGAAUAUGAUAAUAAAAGGGAAAGUACUUGUAUUGAUAUAGACAAUAUUAAAAAAACUAAGAUCUAUUCUAAUGAUAUAAAAAACAAUGAUAAUAAAAAGGAGAUGUAUUCUAAUAUUUUUGAGAUUAAUGAAAUAGAAAGAACAUCUAAUAAAUUGGACAAUGUGAAAGAAAAUAAAAGUGAUAGUAAUGAUAUAGAGAAUUGUAAUAAAAUAGAAAGGCAUUCUAACAUUUUAGAUAUUAAUCCAACCGAAUUUGAUCCCAUAAAAAUAAAUGAUAUUAAUAAGAAAGGAGGAAAAUAUUAUGACAAUAUAGAAAAUGAAGACAAAAGAGAAAUGUAUACUAAUAAUGACGAAGAUAUAGAUAAACGAGAAAGUAAUACUAACCAUAUUUAUAUAAAUAAAAAGGAAAGUUAUUUCAAAAAUGUAAAUGAUGUUAGUAAAAAGGAAAAUCAUCUUAACAACGUUGAAGAUACGAAAAAAGAGGAGAGUUAUACUAAAAAUAUAGAAAGUGAGGACAAGGAAGAAUAUCAAUCAAACGAAGAAGGAUAUAUAAAUAAAAUGGAAGUGGAUUAUAAUGAUAUAGAAAAUAUUAGUAAGAGAAAAUAUGAUUAUAAACAAAGGGAAUAUUUAAAUAAAGGAGAAAAAUACAUUAACAAUAUAGAUAAUGUUGGUGUAAAGGAGAAUUAUUAUAAUAAGAAAGAAAAAGAGAGUAUUGAAAUAAGUAAUUUAAAUAAACGAGAAAGUUACUCUAGUAAUAUAGACAAUUCUAGAAUACGAGAAAAUCAAUAUAACAUAGUAGAAACUGAGAAUAAAAGAAAAAGCGACAAUAUUGAAAUAAAUAAUUUGAAUAAAGAAGAAAUUUGUAUUAACAGUAUAAAAAAUGUUAGUAAAAGAAAUAGUUCUUAUAACAAGAAGGAAAGUUAUAGUAAAAGAGAAAGAGACAAAGUAUAUGAUGAGAAUAAAAGGAAAAAUAGUGCAUAUCAAAUGAAUGAUAUAUUAUAUAAUAUAAGAGAUAAAAAAAAAGAGACAAUUGACAUAGACACUAUUCAUGAUAUGAAUAAAAGGAAAAGUUAUAUAGAUAAUAUACAUAUUACAAAUAAAAAAUAUAGUGAUAUGAGUAAUGCAGAAGAUAUUAUAAAAGAAAAAAAAUAUGAAGACUAUAAUAUAAGCGUUAUGUUUAAUAUGCAUAAUAAGAAAGAUCAAAGAAAGGACAGUUAUAUUAAUACAUAUAAUGAUAAUAAUAUGAGACGAAGUAUUAUUAAUAAGAUUAAUGAUGUGAACAUUAUGAAUAAUAUAAAAAAUGAAAUCAAAAAUGUUGAUAAUAAUAACAAUAUGGAUAAAAUAAAUGUGGAUAAAAUAAAUAGGGAUAAAAUAAAUAUGGAUAAAAUAAAUAUGGAUAAAAUAAAUAUGGAUAAAAUAAAUAUGGAUAAAAUAAAUAUGGAUAAAAUAAAUAUGGAUAAAAUAAAUGUGGAUAAAAUAAAUAGGGAUAUAAGCUAUAUGGAUAAUGAAUAUAUGACAGAUAAUAUAAUUAAAAAAAAUGAUAAAUAUAAAUAUAAAUAUAAUAAUAAUAGUGAUGAUGUUGAAUGUGUAAAUGAAAGAAAAGGUACAUCUCUUAUUAACGAACAUUAUUCGUAUAAAAAAAAAAGUGAUAUAUAUAAAAUAAAGGAUAUAAAUAAAGAUGAGAAUGAUAUAUUAUAUAAUGUAUAUAAUAAUAAUGAAAAAAAAAAAAAAAAAAGUACUUUAUAUGGAAAGCCUGAAAUUCUUACCCAAGGUGGAAAUGAUAAUCUUAAUAAUAUGAGUGAACAUAUAAGUAGUUUAAAUAAAGUGUAUCGUAUUAAUAAUAAAAAAAGUAAUAAUAAUUAUAAAGGACAAGAUUAUACAUAUAUAGUAAAUGAAAAAAAUGGAAGAAAUAGUUCUAUGCAUAAUAAUAUAAAUAAAAAAGAGUGUGAUUUUAUUAAUGAUAAAGAAAGUAUAAAUAAACGAAUAAGUGAAAUAUAUGACUUACGUCAAAUAAAUAAGAGUGAAAGUAAUAUAGAUAACAUGGAACAUAUAAAAAAUAUAGAAAAUAUAAAUGACAUGGAACAUACAUAUAACAUAGAAAAUAUAAAAAAUAUAGAAAAUAUAGAUAACAUGGAACAUACAAAUAACAUGGAAAAUAUAAAAAAUAUAGAAAAUAUAAAUAACAUGGAACAUACAAAUAACAUAGAAAAUAUAAAAAAUAUAGAAAAUAUAAAUGACAUGGAACAUACAUAUAACAUAGAAAAUAUAAAUAACACAAGUAGCUUAAUGGCAAAUUCUGAUAAUAUAAAUGAAAACAUAAAAAAACAAAGUGAUGUUUAUAAAAAUGAAUGUGAUGAUGAUCAUAUGUGUGAUGUAAAUAAAAUUAAAGGUGCAGAUAAACAAAUGAGUGACCCACAUAAAAUUAAAUAUGAUGAUAACGAAAAAAAUAAUGAGAAUAAAAGGAAGAGUGGUAUAAAUAAAGUUUUUGAUAUUAUUAAAAGAACAAUGGAUUCUUAUAAUAUUUAUAAUUUGAGCAAAUGUAAAAUUGAUGAAGACAAUAUAUAUAUGUUGAAUGAGAAAAAAAAGAACAAUAUUCAUAAUAUGAAUAAAAGGAAAAGUGAAAAUAUAUAUAAUUUAAAUGAAAGAGAAAAGGAUGAUAUGAAUAGAAGAAUGACUGAAAAUACAUAUAAUUUGAAUAAAGAUAAAAAUUUAAAUGUACAUAAUAUUAAAAAUAUACAACCAUACAAUAUAAAUAAUAAUAUAUAUGAAACAACCAUUGAUACAAUCGAUAAUUUAAAUGAAACAGGAAAAAAAAAUAUGAAUGAAAUGAAUAUAAAAGUAAGUGAUAAGCAUAAAGAUUAUAAAAUAUGUGAUAAAGAGAAUAAAGAUAAUAUAAGUAUGAUAAUGAAAGGUACAAGGAAUAUAUCUAAUAUAAGUGAUAAUAUUGGAAUUGUCAUUAAUAAGGAAGAAACAAAUGUAGAUAAAAUGAAUAGAAAAAUAACAUAUACAAAUAAUUUAUAUAAUAUAAAUGAAAGAAAAUCUGAAUAUACUAUUAAUAUAAAUGAACAAGAAGAAAAGAGUGAUUUUAUAAAUAAUAACAAUAUAAGAAUGGAUAAUGAAUAUAAAGUAUAUAAUUCUAACGAAAGAAAUAAUUAUAUAGAUAAAGAAAAUAAAAAAAAUGACAUUAAGUAUAAUGAUUUUAAAAAGGUUGACAUAAGAAAAAAUGUAGAAAAUAUGAAUAAUAUGAAAAAUAUAGAAAAUAUGGAUAAUAUGAAAAAUAUAGAAAAUAUGAAUAAUAUGGAUAAUAUAGAAAAUAUGGAUAAUAUAAAUAAUGAUAAUAAAAUUUAUGAUGUUAAUAUGAUUCAUAAUAAAAAUGAUGAUAAUACAUAUAAUGUACUAUAUGAAAAAGACAAUAUAAAAGAAAAUAAAAAUAUAUGCAAUGAUAAAUUAGAUAAUUCAAAUAAUGAAAAAACUAAAUAUAUGAAAACGUUAAGAGAAUAUUUUGUUAAGAGUGAAGAAGAAAUAGAAGAUCAAAAAAAAAAAAAUAUGAAUGAUAUGUAUACAAAAAUAGAAGAAGAAAAAAUAAAAAACUAUGAACAUUGGAAAUCAUAUGAUUUCAAAAACCUUAAGGAAAAAUAUAAAUUUCAAAUGAAUAUGAAAGAUAGUGAAAUGAAUCAAUUACAAAAUAAUUUAAUAGAUGAAUUUAAAGAAUUAAAUGAAGUAUCCAAAUUAAAAAAUAACAUAAAAGGAAAAAUGUAUAAUUCUAAUAUAGGAGAAGAAAUGUUGGAAGGAAAUAAGGAAAGAGAAUAUGAAAAUUAUGUAGGUGAAUAUUUUGAUAGGAAUGAUAUGAAUUUAAAAGAGCGCAUAUUUGAAUACGCCAAGCACAAGACAAGCAUAGAUAUAUUAAAGCAUCCCAAUGAUAUAAAAAGAAACUCGAACGACCUGAAAAAGUGGAAAUCUCAGGUCAUAACUAAGAAAUACGCAGAUGACUGGCUCUCAUCAGACGUCUUGUUAUCUUGUUUUUUAAAUUUUAUAAAAUUAAAAAAAUAUGUUAAUAUAACAGAAUUAUCAGUGAAAUUUCAAACUACCACAGACGAUAUCAGGGAAAAGCUGGAGGAACUUGAAGAACAAGAUAUGAUAAAUGGGGUGUUAGAUGAAAAAGGAAAUUAUAUUUAUUUAUCACAAGAAGAAAUUAAUAAAUUAUGUUUUGAAAUUCAGUCCAAAGGAAAAGUAAAUACGCAUGAUGACUUUGUAAAAAUUUGCAACAAGGUCAUAUCGUUAAGUGUUAAUGAUAAGGAUAUGGAAAAGUUAAAGGAAGAAGAAGAAAAAAUAAUUAAAGCUAAAACAGAAAUAUUUUAA